AUGAUUAUCAACAACGAGCGUCUUGUGAUACCGUCAAGUCGCUCCACAUCAUUUCAACUCGUUAAAAUACCGUGCAUGACGAACGUACGAAUGCUCAUUAACCAGUUCCAGACCGCUCCAUGUACAAAGUCUGUGACGAAGGCAGAGUUACCUCUGCAGACGAAGUUCAAAUUGCGCGUUAAAGAAAUGGUCAGCCUCUUCGAUCAAAUGCAAAAUCAGGAUUGUCUAGGUGACCAGGCAGUUAAAGAAGAGGAUAGUGCUGUGGCUGCGAUGCCUGCAAAAACUACUAAUUUCAAGUGCCUUGAGAUCUCUACUUUCCAGGACCAAAUAAAAUUCGACUUGAGAUCAACAACUACGUCUAUGUCAAUGUGCUGCUCGAACGUGCCCCGCAGUCCGUCAACAUGUUCAUGUAUUUCGACUGCUUCAUUGGACUCACAAUCAAGCAUAAUGGAUCCAUUUUCACCUGACCUUCUGCAACUAUCAGGCGAGGACGGUAAAAAAAUACCGAUCGAUGUUGAAAGUUGUUCGAAUGAUUCUUUGAUCGCAAGGAAUCUGCAAUCGACGAUCCUCUCGAAGCUGGUUCCCAAAACGUCUUGCUGCCAUGAGUCAGUUAGUGGAAAAUUACUGCCUUCUGAGAUAAAAGAGGCAACGAGGCUACCCCCAAUACCGGCCAAACUUUGUCGGUCUUUGAUCUCGGCAACGAUGGCGUUUCCAUCAGAAAAAGCACUCUGUCUCUCCUCUAUUUCGACACGCAGCUCCGCGACUCGGGUUCCUUCUCAAAGUGCGAGAGGCCGUAGAAAUUCAGCAUCUAUCUCUCGAUAUCUGAACUAUGACAGCUCUCCUCGUUAUGCAGCCACAAAGGCUAUUAAUUUGGAGCGACGUUAUAAAUUAGAGAAGCGUAAUCGCUAUCGAUGUCUUUUAACUUAA